CGCUUCUUUUUCAGGCCACAGGACUUCUUUCUUUUCGAGGGCAAAAAGAUGCAACUUCCUCCGGGAGACCGUAGAGGAAAUUAACCGUGCUUAGGAACCAGGACAAGCACAUGGCCAGGUUCUGUGUUUCCUGCCUGUGUCCAGCAUCUUGGCAUUUCACUGUGCCUUUAGUGAGUCUUUGUCCCCGUCAGCGCCUGGUACUAUUGGGCCUUUUGCUGGGAGCCUGUUUUGUGCUGCUUGCAGCUACUGCAAAUCUAUGGCAUUGGAGGACUUUUGCCACUCAGGAUAGGCAGUUUGAAAGGUACUUGGCACAGCUCCAGGACCUGGAGGCCACCGACACAGAGGAUGUGGCUCUGAAUUAUGGGGUGGUUGUUGACUGUGGGAGCAGUGGGUCCCGGGUCUUUGUGUAUUUUUGGCCACCACACAACGGCAAUCCCCAUGACUUGCUAGACAUCCGGCAGAUGCGUGAUCGUAACAGUCAGCCUGUUGUCAAGAAGAUCAAGCCAGGGAUCUCUACAGUAGCAACAACUCCAGACAAAGGCAGUGAUUACAUGAGGCCAUUGCUCAGCUUUGCUGCUGCCCAUGUACCGAGGACCAAGCACAAGGAGACCCCCCUCUACAUCUUGUGUACAGCAGGAAUGAGACUGCUGCCUGACUGGCAGCAGGCAGCGAUCCUGGAGGACUUGGUGAGGGACGUGCCCUUGGAAUUUGACUUCCUUUUCUCUGAGUCGCACGCAGAAGUGAUCUCAGGGAAGCAAGAAGGUGUCUAUGCUUGGAUAGGCAUCAACUUUGUUCUGGGGCGAUUUGACCAUAAAGAAGAAGAUGAUGCGCUGGUUUCGGUGACUCUUGCUGGCCAGGAAGAGCCUCUAUUGAGAAAGAGAACUGUUGGCAUCCUAGAUAUGGGAGGUGCUUCUCUACAAAUAGCAUAUGAAGUGCCUAGCUCUACAACCUUCUCUUCUCCACAGCAGGAGGAAGCUGCCAAGAGCCUUCUUGCUGAGUUCAACCUCGGCUGUGAUGCACAACACACAAAGCAUGUGUACCGGGUCUAUGUCAACACCUUCCUGGGCUUUGGCGGCAACUUUGCUCGGCAACGCUAUGAAGAAUUGGUGCUGAAUCAGACCACCAUCCACAACAGGUUACAGGGUGCUCAGAGUGGGGCAGAUUCUAAGGCACCAGUCUUGGAUCCUUGCUUGCCUGUAGGACUGGAGGAUGUUGUGGAGAAAGGGGGUCAGACAUUGCAUGUCAGAGGCCAGGGAAACUGGCAGACCUGUGCAGAGCGGCUGCUACCCCUGUUGGCUAGAGACAACAGCAACAAGACCUCGCUAAGGAACACCUACCAAGCACCCAUUGACUUUGCUAACAGUGAAUUCUAUGGGUUUUCUGAGUUCCACUACUGCACAGAAGAUGUGCUGCGUCUGGGAGGACCAUAUCAUGCACCCACCUUCACACGUGCUGCUCAGGAUUAUUGCAGUCUCAACUGGUCGAUACUAACACAGAGGUUCCGAGGCAAGCUGUACUCAUCACAUGCAGACCUGCAUCGCGUCAAGUACCAGUGCUUCAAGUCAGCCUGGAUGCACCAAGUCCUUCAUAAAGGGUUCAAUUUCCCUAUCGAUUACUCCGGCCUGCGUACAGCUCAGUUAGUGUAUGACCGUGAAGUGCAGUGGACUCUGGGAGCCAUUCUUUACAAGACCCGCUUCUUGCCACUCAGGAACAUCCACCCGGAGGGCAUCCGUCCAGCACACAGUUCGUGGUUGCGUCUUUCCUUUGUCUACAAUCACUAUCUUUUCUUCGCAUGCAUUCUUGUGGUGAUAUUAGCAAUUGGACUCUACCUCCUCCGCUUGCGCCGCAUUCAUCAGCAGCAGCUGCACUCAGCAUCACUGGACCUGCUGUGGUUGGCAGAAGUGGUGCCACUGCCAGUCCAGGAACCAGGCACUUGAUGACAGAACUACCUCUCAAAGACUGUACAGUGGCUCUGGCUUUAACAAGCCCCAAAGCUGUGAUCAUUUAGUGUUUUCAACCAGAACUAUGCAGGGGCUCUAGGCUGAAACCAAGCCAUGUCUACCUUCCCUCUUGUUUUCAGGAGGGGAAAAAAAGUCCCACAAUGGACUCUUAAGUUUUAUCCUGUGCUGAAAAGGCCCAGCCCCCACAGAAUAAAGGAAUUUCAUAUACUAUAUGGGGGGGGGGGAGAAGAGAGCAGAUUGCUGUACUCACAACAGAUCUGUAAGUGACCAAAGAGAACUUGAUUUACUCAGGGUAGAAGGAAGGACCUUCUGCUGGCAAGGGCUCAGUCCUAUUUUCAGGACCAAAUGUCUUCUUCUCAAACAACCCCCCCCCCCAAAAAAGUGCUUGAACUCUGGGCCUAGUGCUCUGUGCCCCCUUAGCGUUUCGGCUAUUCUGAUACCUUUUAUAGGAAGAGCAAAAGAAAAGGACCACAAAGACCCUUUUUAGAAAAGGGCUUAUCAUUUGCUGCUAUUUUCUACCUUCUACACAAGUGGGAACCCAACCACGUCUUGUGCACAGCGACUUCACAGGGAUUCCAGAUCUCUCUGGAAUCCUAUAUUCCACCUAAAUUAAGCAUGUUUUGCUACUGUUUUCUAGCUCAUCUUAAUUCCACCUUAGAUUCUGCGGCAGCUCGCCUGAAAAAGACGUUUGAAUACUUCACCCAGUUCAACUUGUUUCAAUAAUAUUUUGCCCUCAGAAUCAAUUCUGGGCUAGUAGUGACAUAAUUUAUGUUUUAAUACUUGAACAAAACUGGUCACAGUAGCAAUAAACUGUUCUAAGUUCUGUA